AUGUCGUGGAUGGACUCGUGGAGCCGCCCCUCCAAGUCACAGUCGACUCCAGUGCCAUUCUACCUUCUCCCUGGCGGGGAGCACACGCCUUAUUGCCACUCGUGCGGGAGGGUAAUCGGUGCGCGGAAGACGCACGCCGCAGCCAGCGCCGGGUCCGAGGGGCCCAAGUACUGCUCCGCACGAUGCAGGGGCCAUAGGCCGGGCAAGCUGGACCGGGAGAUCGAGGCCAUGUUCGUCCGCGCCCUGGCUGGAGAGCUUGAGGCCGGAGAAGACGGCGGCCGUGGGAGGGGCACGGCGGUCAAGCCUUCAGCGGGACAGAGGAAAGGGAAGAAAGCCAAGGGCGACCAAAGAGUCCUUAUUGCAUGCAGCACGGUGGAGGAUGCUGUGUUCACCGGCGGCCGCGAUGCUGAUGAUGGGUCCGCGCGGUCAGAUACCCCGGAGCCCGGGAUAGCGCCCCGGGAUGACAGCGCCGUGAGCUCGGCUGCGCAGCCUCUGGACCUACCCCUCGAAGAUGUCGAAGCCUUCUCGAGCUUCUCCGCACCAAAUACCGGGUACGUCGACGGCGACGUACUCGCCCGCAUGGCCAUCCGCAGCGGGACGCGGGUGCGGCCGCCGCAGGACGUCUCGGAAGUCAACGGGAGCGUCGGCGGGGAGAAAGGACGGGCGGAACGGCUGGAGGAGAACGAGGAGAUGCUGGAGAAGAGGCGGGCCGGACAGCGGCGGGCCAAGGAGAGGGAGAUGGUCAAGUGUGCGGCCAGGCGGGGGGUGGUUUUCGGGUUCCUGGUCGGGGAUGGAAAUCAACAGGGGGAGCAGGGCAGACGCAAGUGUGAGGCUGUCAUGAGUGGCAAGGUCGUCGAGCCGAGUUUUGCCAAGGGGGACUGGGCGGUUAGGUGGAGGGAGUAG